AUGAAUAAAAACAGGCUAAUUAAUAAAGUAAAGGAAAUAUCAACAUUACAAAAAAAGUAUAACCUUUUUACGAGUAUUAAUAAAAAUAUAGAACAACAAUUAUGUUUAAAUAAUGCCCAAAAUAAACAACUUAGUGGAUUAUUAGGUGCAAUUAAGGACAACAUUGUUACUAAAGAUUUUGAUACAACUUGUGCUUCUGAAAUUUUGAAAGGGUACAAAUCUCCUUUUGAUUCAACGGUAGUAAGCAUUUUAAAAAAUAACGGUGCUACUAUUUUAGGUAAAACCAAUUUAGAUGAGUUUGGUAUGGGUUCAGCCGGUUUUAAUUCUGUAUAUGGACCAACAUUAAAUCCAAUAUACCCCAACGAAAAGAGAGUUGCUGGUGGAUCCUCCUCCGGUAGUGCAGCUGCUGUUAGUUGUGAUUUGGCCGAUUUUAGUUUAGGAACGGAUACAGGUGGAUCCGUUAGGCUACCAGCAUCUUACACUCAUGUAUUGGGAUUCAAACCUUCUUACGGCAGGAUAUCUAGAUAUGGAGUGGUGGCAUAUGCUCAAAGUUUGGAUACAGUUGGUAUUUUGGCAAAAGAUAUUAACAUCUUGGAUAAAAUAUUUAGGCUAUUAGACAAGUUUGACCAAAAAGAUCCAACAUCUUUAUCAAAUGAAUUGAGAACAAAAAUUGAAGAGAAAAACGCUGACAGUGAAAAGCAAAUUAAAAUUGGCUUGGUUAAUGAAUUGAAACAAGAAUCUGUCCCGGAUCUAUUUCAUGAUGUUUUACUUGAUGUACUCAGAAAGCUACAUAAACGAAGAAUGUCCGUUUUUUCGGUGUCUAUUCCAUCGGUUAAAUACUCUCUACCGAUAUAUUAUACUUUAGCCCCUGCUGAAGCUGCUUCCAACCUAUCUAGGUAUGAUGGAAUUAGAUAUGGUAAAAGAGAUAAAGACAGUGAUUUGUGUGAUGACACUUUAUUUGCACCCACCAGAGCUGAAUUUGGUGAAGAGGUUAAAAAUAGAAUUAUUUUGGGUAAUCAUAAUUUGUGUUCUGAUUCGUUUAAGAAUAACUAUCUUAAAGCACAACAAUUAAGAGUUCAAUUGAUAGAUGAAUUUGACUCUAUAUUUAGAUCCUAUAAUGUUUUAACUAAAAAUAAAAAUAAUUUUGAAAAGGGUGUUGAUUUUUUAAUUUGCUUAACAGCAAUGAAUAAGGCUCCCAAAUUAACGGAUGUUUUAUCAAAAUAUAAGCAAAGUUCACUAAAGUCCUAUAUUAAUGAUGUAUUUACAGUACCUAUGUCAUUAGCUGGUUUACCAACUAUUUCUGUUCCGAUCAAAAAUACUGAAGUUAGCAUUCAAAUUGUAGGUCAGUAUGGUGAUGAUUAUAAGGUUUUGGAAAUGGCCAAAACAAUAAUGAGCUUGUAA